CCCGCCGAACCCUACGUUCACUCCCGGGUUGUGGGGCUGCCAUGGCGGCUGUGCGGGACGUGGAGAUCGAUCCUGAUGGCACGUUCAAGUACAUCCUGGUGCGGCUGCAGCGGCCUGGCGGCGGGGAGCAGCGCGACAUCGUGCGCGGCACCAAGGCGGCCGAGUUCCACAAUCACAUCUUUGAGAAAGUAAAUCCUGAGAUGGAAAAGCUGGGAUACGAGUGCAAGUGCCUUGGAGGAGGGAAAAUUGAUCAUAAUAGCAAAGAGAAGAAAAUUAGGGUGUUUGGGCUGUCUACAGGCUAUGGAAAAGCAGAUCAUUCGGUGACUGUAGAGAUACUGAAAAAAGUGUACACAGAUUAUGAAAUUACAUGGUCAGAUGACAAGAAAUAAAUUGGCUACUUAUGAAUGUGACAAGCAGUUCAAAUCUGGAAACUUUCUGUGUGCAAUCACUGUGUGAUUGUGGCUCUAGCAGUCUUCACUUGAAAUUCCUAAAAGAUCUGAUUCUGUAUUUGCAUGAAAACUGAGCUGCUUGAGCAAUCCACGAAUAAAAUGAGGAUGCUGAACAAAGGAAUGUUAUUAAGCCUGAGACAGGGUGAGUUUGAUCAAGGAAUAUUUUCAAGAGGAAUCAUUACAAUUGUUUAGUGCCUUCUUUAUUCACUGUAAAUACAUGAGAUUCUUGUUCUUAACUAUAUUCAUUGUCAUAGGAAGUCAAGAUUAUUUUUUUUUUGUUGCUUUAGGUACCAUUCUCUGAAACAGCGCCUAGCAGGUGGCCAGUCAGCAUGUGCCAGCAAUGAUUUGUCUUCAGGCUGAGGUAUAUAAAAUAGCAAGUAGUAGUGGUGUUCCAACUUUCCAUUUUUGACAAAGAACUGUUAACAGUAUUUCACUGACCUGUGCCAGGGCUAAAUCUUUUUUUCUGUUCCCCUGUUCACAGUCAGCAUCUGUCUGUCUUUGGCAGGUUGCAGUGCAGUCACAGCCUUAGCAUCAAGUGACUGCUUUUUUCCCUCUCUGCUAUGAGAGAGCACUUCAGUAGUGUCCUAAGCAUCCAUUUAAGUAGUCUACUUAUUUUUGUUCCAUAAACAAUUCUAGUUAAGACUCUUCAAUGAAGUAUGGGAAAUCCUCUAUGGCUAUCUUAAUAGCAACAUGGUCAAAAUAGGAACCUCCAGUUGGCUUUCAUACGCAGAAAUGACAGGAACUUACGU